AUGGAAUACAACACACACACACACAAGGCUAUAGCGGAGCCUAUAGUCACGCGCGCUGUGCUUUACACGGCCCCCAACGCGCUCUGCUUCCGAUACUACACACACCACUCGACAGCUGCAAAGACGUCAGGCUCGUUCACAAGGCUCCUCUUCAACUCGGCCCAGAACGCAUACGACGGCCGUGCCUGCUUUUCGCCCGUUUUUACACACCACAUCGCACCAAAUGCGCAGCCCGCCGGCUUGAGUACAACGCGCGCCGCGCCUUUUCAUGUGCGCUGCGCGAGACUGUUGCUCUCUAGCCGGCCGGGCCGGGCCACGGGAGAAACGAGAAAGCCCGUCCUCGCUCAGCGUGUGCUUCAACGUGUUGAAUCUCGUCUUGCGAGUGGGAUUUUCACCGAGAAAUGCCAUGAGAAAACACAUCUGAGCGCGCGCCGCGUCCGUGCAUUCAUUCAGCGGCGCCCGAGUUGAGUCUACAACGCUCUCAUAUCUGUUUUUAAGACCAGCCCCCCGCCGCGGGAAGGGAGGAUCCUGUGUUACACACUAACGUACAGUGUACGACUCGUGUAUUCUACGUAGUUCCAAGAGAGAUGGCAGAAGUCGCACCCGCUCCCGCCGCCGCGCCGGCCAAAGCGCCCAAGAAGAAAGCAGCUUCGAGAGCAAAAAAAGCCGGCCCUAGCGUCGGCGAGCUGAUCGUCAAAGCCGUUUCCUCGUCUAAGGAGAGGAGCGGCGUGUCUCUCGCUGCUCUGAAGAAAGCGCUGGCUGCCGGCGGAUACGAUGUGGAGAAGAACAACUCCCGCGUCAAGAUCGCCGUUAAGGGUCUCGUGACUAAAGGCACUCUGGUGCAGACCAAAGGGACCGGCGCGUCUGGCUCUUUCAAGCUGAACAAGAAGCAGACCGAAGCCAAGAAGCCCGUGAAGAAAGCCGCGCCCAAAGCGAAAAAGCCCGCCGCCACUAAGAAGCCCAAGAAGGUAGCAGCCAAGAAACCCGCCGCCGCGGCCAAGAAGUCUCCUAAGAAGGCGAAGAACCCCACAGCCGCCGCAAAGAAAGCCACCAAGAGCCCGAAGAAGGCGAAAAAGCCCGCGACCCCUAAAAAGGCAGCUAAGAGCCCCAAGAAAGCGAAAGCUGUCAAGCCCAAGACCGCAAAGCCUAAAGCGGCAAAGGCGAAGAAGGCAGCACCCAAAAAGAAUCAUCCACCAGUAUUGAAGGCCAUCUCAGUGCCAGGGAGGGCCUCCAGCCGUCUCUACUGGCAUUAGGAAGGAUCAAGGGCAGGAUGGACAAAUUCUACGUGGUUGUGGAUAAGCACCUCAUCCCUUGCACAGGAACCAGUUCCUUGAGUGCUAUAGAUGAACUCUUCAAAGUCCACUAUGUGUUCAACCUGUCAUAUGAGAAAGCCCUUGUCAACAUCUUUACCUUCCUGCAGACUACGAUCUACAACAUUGAUGUUGGUCUUACCAGUCAGUCUCCCAGAGUAAAGGAAUUGUGUGCAAAGCUUUUGAACUAGGUUAAAUGUUAGUGUUUCUGUUGUCAAAGUCUGCAUGCAAAGCCACGAGAGUCACGCACAGUUUCUAUCCUUCGUUAAAGUUUAAGUUAUUAUGUGCGCAGCGUGGCUGUAGCCGACAGUUUUGUGGACAAACUUUUCACAGAACAUUUCUCAGAGCAUCACCAUGCAUUUAAAGUACAUAUAUGUAACUUGGGUGAACUUGUAAAAGCCCGGAGUUUGAAGUUCUACAUGCCUUUUGAUCUACAGGGUCCAAAUGGGUCAGAUGAAUAUAUUCACUAUGAGGUGAAUAUAUUGCACCUCAAUUCAUGCUGGUUUGUUACAUCUAAGAUACUGUGUUGAAAAUAAAAGUUCAACCUUAUACAGCAACUGAUGUGUUAGCUGUUCUUUUAUUGACGAGUACACACAUUUUAAAGGUCUGCAUUUUUAGGCAGACAGGGUGUAGAUCACAUUUAAUUACACUAGUGUUGAAAAUAACUCCAUUAGGUUGAGCUAUUGACACAUUUACUGUAGAUUCAACACUUUCUUAGUGUUAAUGGAGCCUGUGAGGAGUAAAAAAACUACACCAAUU